AUGCUUCUUUUCUCACUUAUUUCUCCUGGCACCCAUGGAAGACCUCUUUGCCAAUCUAAUUCCACUGUCGAGGUCGCCAACCGAGUUCGCUACCUUGGCACAUCAACCGAUAAUAUAGAGUCAUUCCUCAACAUUCGAUUUGGUCAGAAUACUGGGGGCAGCAACCGAUUCGCAGCACCCAAGCCCUAUACCUAUCCGCCUGGCUCGGUGGUAAAUGCUACUCAACCCGGUGCAGCCUGUCCUCAACAAAAGGUUCCUAUCGAGGGACUUGCUGUGUUUGACAAUGUCACUCAAGUCUCAGAAGACUGUCUAACCCUGCGUAUUGAUCGACCAGCCAAUACAUCAAGGACGGCAAAACUUCCAGUGAUGGCAUUCAUCUAUGGCGGCGGAGAUUCGAUUGGCCAGAUCUAUGAUACUGCAUAUGAACCAGGGCCACUCAUCUCUAAUGCCGUCCAACAAGGCUACCCUGUGAUGUACGUGGCAAUGAACUACCGAGUCGGUGUCUUUGGCUUUGCUGCGUCUGACGCCAUCAAUGCAACUGGAUCUCUGAAUGCGGGUCUCCUCGAUCAGCGACUUGGCCUGAACUGGGUGCAGGAGCAUAUUUCGGCUUUCGGUGGGGACCCCGAUAAUGUCACCAUCUUCGGAGAGAGUGACGGUGCAACCGGUGUUGGUCUUCAAAUCACGGCUUAUGGAGGAGAUGUUAAGAAGACUCCCUUCAAGAGAGCUAUCAUGCAAUCGGGCAACCCGGCCGCGGAUGCAGGUACCGCGAGCAAUAUAUCAGCAGUUCACACAUCUGAGUUAAUACGCAAGGUCAACUGCGCUUCGUCCACGAGUGACGCUGAACUUGCCUGUCUCCGAAAAUUACCACUCAAUGAGCUGUUGCCGACUGUGGUCGAGUACGAGUUUAAUGUCACCGGUUUCGGAUUUGAUGUUUUCGAGCCUACCGCUCCGUCGUCUUUUAUUCCUGACAAUCCUUCGAUACUUUUGACUACUGGUCGAUUCGCCCACAAUAUUGAUAUUAUUGCUGGAUGGACGGAAGAUGACUCGUCUUUCUUUACGCCAUCCACUAUCAAUUCGGACAAGGAUGUCAUCGAUUUGAUUUACGCGGAAUUUCCCUCAUUCUCAAAAGAGAAUGUUCAAAAGGUUCUGGAUCUCUACCCAGUCACAUCAUUUUCCGACCUUCCCACAGAAAACAUCUCGGCCCAAUACUUCCGUGCAAGCAGAAUGAUGCGAGACUCAGAGUUCGUCUGUCCAACUGUAUAUAUGGUGCGGAUGAACCAGAAAUACUCAGACAAGAAGACCUCGAACUAUCUCUACGUGUUGAAUCAGACCAUGUUUGCUCCGCUGCUUGCCCAACAGGGGACAACUUAUCUCGGUGUCUCACAUUUCAGUGACAUUCCAUAUGCCUUCAACCUAGCAAAGACUAGGUACUCCUUUUUGGCCUCGCCAUCAGACGUGAAGCUGUCUACAGAAAUGAGUAGCAGCUGGGCAUCGUUCGCUGCAGGUGGAGAAGCUUCUGGAAAACCUGGCACGGUAACCAACUGGCCUGUUGCUUUAGAUCAAACCUCUUCCAAUCAAUACAACCUUCGAGUGCUUGGUGGACCCAAUGAUGGACUCAGAACCAUCAGUGAUGGCAAUGAUUCCUAUGAACAGCUGGUCCAGAGAUGUGAUUUCUGGACCUCGCCUGACGUGUUUCGAGAGAUGGGUGUCUGA